AAGAUUCAAAAAGGGACUCAUAAUUUACAUUCCAUUUGAUUUGAACUCCCAAAGCGUACACGGUGCAUGCUGCGUGCGGCAUCUGCACGAUUCAGUUUCAGUAAAAAUUUGCUCAAUCUCCGAACGGAAUGAAGCCCCUCCGUCCGUCAGGACCGCAAAGCGCGAUGAUGUCGUUAGCAUUUCAUCGUCACUUCAUUGCUGCGGAGCGUUUUUCGUCACAAUUCACGAUCUUUCCGACACACGGAGACGGCCGGCGUCGUCGUCGUCGUUGCCGUCGUCUUAGUCGUCGACGGGACUAUAUUUAUAAAAUUCUACUUUCGAAAAAUCACAAUAUUUGCCUGCUCCCGUGGACAUCGCCAGUAGUGUUUCAUCCGCCGAGGGAGCGGUUUCGAAACAGUUUUGCGCCGCCGCGUGCGUUCUCGCGGGAAAACGAAACGAUAUUGGAUUACCUCUCUUUACACCGUCCCUAUACCUCGGCAACAGGCAAAGUGGGGUGUGGGAUCGAAGUGUAGUGCUAUCCACGAGUUGGGGUUUUCCACAAGAGUGUUUAGGACGUUGACGUCGAAAACGAAGUGUGAAAUUCAUGUGAAAUACUAGCGCGAGCAGCCGACAGCAGGAAAACUCCUAAUAAUUGAACCAAUUUUCAGUGGGUGAGAAUGGUCUAUUGCUAGCAGACCUGGAAAAGUACUCCUGAAAAUCGUUAAUACGGGGAGUAUCGAAGUGAGGUGAAAAACGACGUCAUCGUUUCUACGUUGAAAAGUUGGCACGGUGCGCAUGGGUUUAUUGGAUAAGUGCAACGGAUGUGGAUUAAGUCAUAGAGAGUGAAAUUUAUGCGCGACAAGCCGACUGAAAACGAUCGCCGUGAAAUCAAUCGAGACCGUGAGUCAACGAUUCUGAUAUAGAGACGCAGAAUAACGUGGCCUUCAUAAAACCGUGAAGAAACUCGUAGUGUUCCUGGAUCGAACCAUUCACAGUAUUUCGCUGAAUAUUUACGUAUCUGCCCAUCGUGAGAGAAUAAUUGGAGGAACAGUAAUUGGAAUUACAUAUCAAUGAGCAGUGAACACCAAUUAGAUUGGUAGAAUAAUAAUGCUACUCAUCCUUCCUAUACUGGACGGCGGCUACGCGUAACAUGAACCGAUCCGAUGGCGAUAAAGCAUUGAGUAACGAAAGAAAGAAACUUGCCAACAAAAAGAAAAUAGGCUCGAGCAAACAUGUGCCUGAUUCGCGAUCUUCAACUGGUGGAAGCAGUGGUCUGCAUUCGUUCUUCCGUUGGUUCAGAAAGGACAAAGACCCGGACCUCGAACUGCCGGAGGUGGUCAACGUUGCCCACCUGCAGAGGAACUUUGCGGCAGGAGCAGAGCGACAGCCUGGAUCGAGUGGCAGUGGUGUGACCAAACCGAAACCUCCCAGCGAUUCCCAGAGUGAAUGCUCAUCGGACGAAGUGAGCCAAGCCAGCCGGAGCAACGGAACGCACAGUUCAUCGCCGAGUCCUAGUCCACAGAUAGACUACACUAAUCUAUCGAAAAGUUCAAGCUGUGAUAGUAUCUUAAGCACGGCCACUACCGGGUUCGCCUUUGUACCGCCGAACUGCUACGAAGCGGUCAGUAAACCCACAGAGCGCGUUAUCAAUCCAGGUCCUUACACUGAUAGUUAUAAGCGACGCGUUCGAGAGCGGGAUCGUACGCGGGAACUGGACAAAAAGUAUGAACUGACACUGCGUAAGAAAUAUAAGCUUUUUUCAAAUCUUCGAGAGACUGCUUCCGCAUCUGAAAAGGACGCGACUCUUACUAGGGAUAAUCAGAAGACCGUCUAUGUAGAUCUCAGUCUACCAGCAGCUCCGAAAGGUGUGCUCGAGACUUCAGAUGUUGAAAAAAGUGAAGAUACCAAAGAUGUCCCAGUCAAGAAACAUCGCAGAACCGUAAGCGACAGUUCAAAGGAUAAACGAGCUGGCGCAUAUGUACACGUUAAAGGUAAAAGACGCGCACCGCCUCCACCUCCACUGAAUCUCAACUCCAGCGACACACUUACAAAACGAUCAAACACCGGAACUCUCACUAAUUCAAACUACGGUACUCUGUCCCCUGGAUCGACCUUAUCCAGAAAGAAAAGGCCAGCUCCUCUUCCUCCAGUAUCACCAGCAUCGCCGACUCUCAACGAAGCAUCGUCCUACACUAGCUUGUUCGAGGACAAAGAAAUCAAAGCGAUCAUCGAAGGAACUCCGCUGCCGAGAACUCCAGAACCAAUCAUGCCUAUGAGAAUAACUCCACUUCCGGGAAUAUCCGAAGAACGAACUCCUGGAGGGUUGACCGAGGAGCAGAAACAGCGAUUGAUCGACAAUAUUCGUAAAGUACAGGCUCCUCCGGACAGCGAUCCUCCUACACCAACGAACAACCCUCCAUCUGCAUUCAUGCUGACAAACAACGACGUAAUGAAGCUGGAGGAGAACUUCAUCAACACGAACGGAACACGAUCACCAAUACACGACUAUCUGUACUCCGAGGCCAUCGGCAACACGACAAAACCGAUCGUUCCUACAUCCCCGAUAUCCCCUAGACCGUGGUACAAGCGACCAAUAUCAGGCAUGAAACACCAGGAAAGCACCCUACCAUUCAAAAAGGACAUCAUCCUCAAGACCAUCGACAAGCGAAAGUCUAAGCUCAAGGAUAAAGAAGAUCUACCUGAAGUUGGCUACUGCAGGAACUCAUUGGUAGAUGGUGGCUCCUCCACCAAUGGGCCCAAGUUCAACCUCUUUGCUAAAAUUGUAGAAAAGUCCGAUGACACGAAGCGCCGAGAAAGAGACAACGAGAAACGAAAGUCUGGAAUAGGGAUACCAAGCAUCAGCGAACUGGAUCGGGAAGCCGCGGAGAUCAUCAACAAGGAAAAUGCGGCGAAGCUGUAUGAACAAACGACUACCAACGAGAUGUACUUUUCUGCUCCAGAGCAGCUGGUCAAACGAAGUCAGUCAUUUAUGCGAAAAGACGAACAGUUGUCGGAGAAUACCCUAGAAAACAAGCCUCGGUCGACAAAGGAUUUGAUAUCGAAGUUCGAGGCGAACUCCACAAACAUCAAUAAGGUUACGCUGAAUACGUCCUUCGUUCCCAAGAAAGACUAUUUCGGAGCAGAGAGAAAAGAACCCUCAACUCCACCGGCCAUGGUACCUCCAACAAUUGUAGUUGACAAUGGAGACAACCCACCACAUGCACUCUCCAAAACGGGAAGUGACAAGAAUUUACUGGGUUUGUGGUCAUGUCCUUAUUGUACUUUGGAGAACCCGAACUGGCGAAUCAUCUGCGAGGCUUGCGAACGGAUCAAGCCAUACGACAAACUUAGCAUAUUGGAAGAGCCACCCUUAAGACCCAACCAUCCAUUGAAGAAGGCUAUCCCAGAGCCGAAGGUUCUGCCAGAACUUCCCCCACCGACCGAAGAUUGGGACAAAAAGACUGAACGCGUUAUGAAGUACUUCAUGCCAAAAUCAACCCCGACCAUGGGUAAUGGAUCUUUGGCAACGGUAGAGGGCCCGAAAAAGUCAUUUGGCCAGGCAAAAAUGCUUGCCUCGCCAAAGAUGGGCAUCAAAAGUCUGAUGAACGGAAAGUCACCUCCAGAUAGGGUAAACGGGUUCCGGAACUUCAAUGCAGUUCCAGAAGGCUUCAACUCCUGCAACAAAUUCGAUGAUGAAAAACUCAAGGAAAAUGCAGUGAUAGUGACAACAACCCCUGUAUUGAUAGCUCCACUAGCAUCACCAGAAACCGGAGAUGGUAAGUUUGAGCAACGCCCUCUCGCUGUCAAGGAAACCGUUGACCUGGAAGAAGUCAGAAGUGCCAGAAUAGCUCGAUUCAGCGCGCAUUUGGACAGUGGUAGACCAACCAGUCCAGUUGACCAUCCAACGGAAGUUCUUCCCAAUAAGGUCAACGAAAUGGACGAACAAGCAUUGGAGAAAGAGAAGGAACGACUGCGUGAGAUGAUACGAGCUAUGAACGCCAAGGCCUUGGCAGAUAAGUAUCCAGUGCUCCAGAAACCACCCACUAGCAGUGGUCCUUCUAAGCGAGAGUCUCCGUUGGUGCAGCGAAGAAACGGCCUCGUGUCGGGUAUUCCAAUCAGUACAAAGAGUCCAAAACCGAUACGGAAAGCCAGCCCCACAAUGGCUCGAAGGCCUCCGCCUAUGGAGGAACACCCUCCGGUUGUUGCAGAGCCGUACAAACUGGGAGCCAUCAAGAAAACCUUCAUUCGGAAGCCGGAGGAAACGAAACCAAUAAACAGAAUUGCGGAAACUAAGAUCAUCAAUCAGGAACUAAACACAUCGAAGAAGAACAUUGAACAAGCUACCAGUUCCUCUAUACCAGCAACCGUGAACGAGCUAAGUGAGCCACAGUUAGUAUUGGCAAACGACGUUCAAAAAGUGCACUACGAAGCUAUGGACGAGCAGCAGUUUAAGACACAUAGUGCUCAUCGAAGCAGCGUACCUGUGCAAAGUCAACUGUCUGACCAACAGAACGAGAAGGUUCGCCAGAUAUCCAAACAACUUCGCUCGGCCCAAGGCGUACAACACUUCAGGAAUACUCUCAAAUACGCAGAAACGCCAAUGAACAGGUCCAAUACGCUUGCAAUCAAUAAGCUUCUGAGAAGCUUGGAGGUCGCCAUCGGAGAUGGAGCGCACGAUCGAGCCGCCAAACUGGCUAUGGACUUGGCCAAAAUGAAGGUUUCACUUUCCGUCACGAGACAGAGUCCGGGGGGAUCCGAUACUGGGUCUACCGGGAGCUUGACGGAGAUUUGCGUUUCCUUCUACAUCAACGAUAAAUCGACCAGAAAGGGCCCAAUGAAGAUCAGCGUGUCGUCAAGCACUACGCUCAUCCAAAUGAAAGAGACAAUCAAUAAGAACUUCGGAAUACCAAUGCACGUUCAACGAUGGAUCUUCAAAGAUCGGCAACUAUGUGAGGAACACAGAACAUUGUCUGACUAUGGAAUGCAGGAUAGCGAUCAAGCUCUGCAGCUGUUUAUUGUAAAUACGGCGCCAAUAGCUCUGAAGGAAUCCAGCGCUCAGGCACCGAUCAACAGGGUGAAGGUGGAACAGAAAACCGUGCCAAUGUUGAUGAAGGUUCAGCCGCAGUUCAGCCAAGCAGAAGUGAAGAUGCUCACAGUUUCCGAUUCAGACGGUGAAUGCUCCGACACGCAAAACGAUCCUCACGCUGAAGAUGAGGCUGUGUUAGGUGCCACAGCACUUCCUACCAUCAUGGAGGAUAAAGGACCUCAGAACGAUACCGAAGAGGGAUGGGCUUGCCCUCUGUGUACGCUCAUUAAUCCACCGAAUCGACCCGGGUGUGGAGCAUGUUCAGAGGCUCGACCAGCAUCCUACGUGGUUCCAGCACGUUAUCGAACAACGGAGGACGACUUCAUUCCCGAAGAACUUAAGCGGUUCAUUGAAGAUGACUUGGAUAAAGCAGCGCCAUCAGUUCAGCUAAGGAACUUGCCCAAGGAAACUCGUAACGAUCUGAACCGCGUGUCCAGUAAUCGCAAAUCCUCCGACAUUUUCAAUAUUCUUCUGGAUGAGAACAAGGCUACCGAAGCGAAUCAACAUGCCAAGCCGAGUACGACCGAUUUGUUGACGACGAGGCACAUACAGGUACCGGAGCAGAAGAACAUUGUUAUGACGGCAUUUACCAGUCCUAACAUUACGCGAAACAAGUAUCGUGGUGUGGACAACUUCAACCCGAAUUCUUAUAACAACGGCAUUGCGCCAACACCUAAAGCUGAUGGACCCGUCAUAACGACUGCAAGUCCUAUUGUUCGAGCUAUAUUGCUGAAAGAGAAUCCGGGCAAACCGGUAAAAUUCGGCCGGAACGGUCUGGUUAUGCCCGAAGACGACAGUGACGUUACGAAUCACUACAUGGAACUGGUUAACCUGGAUUCGGCGGAUCUGAUAGCCAACGUUGAUCCCUUCGAGUGCCCGAUUUGCUUCGGGCAGUUCAGCCAGUACGAAGGUAUCGUGCUGCGCGACUGUUUGCACUCGUUCUGCAAGGAGUGUCUAGUGAAUACGAUCAACUAUUGCGAGGAAGCGGAAAUCAAGUGUCCCUAUAUGGAUACUACCUACAGUUGUGAGAGUACAAUCCAGCAACGCGAAAUCAAAGCCCUGGUGACAAAGGAUAUGUAUGAGGCACAUCUUGCUAAAUCAAUACGCCAAGCGGAAAGCAAGCUCGACAAUACCUUCCAUUGUGAAACACCCAAUUGUCGUGGUUGGUGCAUUUACGAGGACGACGUGAACCAAUUCAAAUGUCCCGUUUGCACCAUUGUAAAUUGCCUUACGUGCAGGGCAAUCCACGACGGACUCGACUGCAAACAAUACCAAGAUCGAUUGAACAGCGACUGUGAUACGAACAUCGAAGCGAGACGAACCAAAGCCGUGCUCCAGGAGAUGGUCGACCGAGGGGACGCCAUCGUGUGUCCCACGUGCCAGGUCGUCAUAAUGAAAAAGUGGGGCUGCGACUGGCUCAAGUGCAGCAUGUGCAAAACGGAAAUCUGUUGGGUCACGCGAGGUCCCCGGUGGGGUCCCGGUGGCAAAGGCGACACCAGCGGCGGAUGUCGCUGCGGGGUAGACGGGAAAAAGUGCCAUCCUAAGUGUAAAUACUGCCAUUGAAUGAACGUUCCAGGGGGUGGGCUCGAAAGCCCGCCGCUGCGGAUGAAUAGUUUUAGUAACUGAAUUUGAUAACGAUAGGAAUGCUUUGAUACUGUUGUAUUGAGAAGAACGAUGCCAAAGAUGUCGGUUUGCUCGUAAUGUCAUUAUUGUGAAAACGGUUGGUGCUAUAUUUUAUCAACCGUAAGGCAAGUUUUUGUUUCACAUUGUAAUCAGCGAAAAUAAAGAAAUCGAAACUUUUGAAACAGCUUU